AUGGAAAUCAAACGAGUUUGGGAUUAUGUGGGAGACAACUAUGUUGAUAGACUUAUUCAGUCCAAAACUGAUGGGAUGUUGGUUGAGAUGAACACUCAGUGUGCACAUGCAGACAAUGGAUGUGGAAGUUGCAGCUGUGAAGAUAAUGCCAUGAAUGAGGCUAUACUUAAUAGCAAACUUGAAGCUGUAACAUAUAGAAUCAUAAUUCCCAAGCCUAUCAUAGCAGGGUCUAUUUAUUUUUAUGCACCCUCCACUCAUUCUUUCUGUACCACAAUAAUCAAAGUCUCAACCAUGAGAAAACGUAUCAAUAUGGAAAGUGAUGCUGACUUCAAUUCCUUUGCCACAUCCUCCUCUUCCACCACACCUUCAAUCUUCUUUGACACUAACACUUCUAGCACAUCCUCCUCCUCAACAUCUCCUACCUCAAAUUCAGAAUCAUGCACCAAAGAACACUCCAAAACACCUCAAAAUGACUCAACCACUUCUCAAACCUCAUUGGAAAAUGGAAAGGACUCAAAAGGGUGCAAGAAGAGGCAGAUAGACAAUAGCAACCAGAAUCACCACCCUACUUAUAGGGGUGUAAGGAUGAGGAAUUGGGGCAAAUGGGUGUCCGAAAUCCGUGAGCCGAGAAAGAAGUCAAGAAUAUGGCUAGGAACAUACCCUACAGCAGAAAUGGCAGCUAGAGCACAUGAUGUGGCUGCCUUAGCCAUCAAGGGCCAUUCAGCAUACCUCAAUUUUCCUGAAUUGGCUCAAGAGCUUCCAAGGCCAGUUAGCACAUCUCCUAAGGACAUUCAAGCUGCAGCUGCAAAAGCUGCAAAUACUGCCUUUGAGGAGGUUAGGCAUUGUCAAAUAACUGAAGAAGAAGCAGAACAAAACCAAGCAGAACAAGCUUCAUCUUCAACUCUCUCAAUGGACAAUCCUCAAGAGCCUUCAAGUUCUCAUUCUACCAUUGAUGAUGACACUUUGUUUGACCUUCCAGAUCUUUUCCCUGAUGGAAACAAUGGACUUUGCUCCUUUUCUUCUUCUUGGCAUUUGUGUGCAGUUGAUAGUGGCUUUAGGCUUGAGGAGUCAUUUUUUUAUGAGAACCAUUAGAAUUUAGAGGCUUUUUAUUUUCUUUUUAAUUCAAGUAAAAUACAGAGUUUAAUAAGACCAAAAGGAAGGAGAGCAACAUGCGGAGUUUUUCUUCUUUGUUUGGUCACUGCAACUGCAUUCUGCGCAGAGAAUAACCAGUUGAGGAAGACUUUACAUUUUUAUCUGUAAAUGGUGCUGUCUAUUGCUAAUAUUUUGUCCGAUAUAGUUUUUUUUUCUA